AGAAGUUUGAGGGCGGGUUGGGGGGGGUGGAGUCGGCCUUGCCCCGCUCAUCCCCCACCAGGACGUCUGACGGUGCCCGCUGCCAUGGCGACGCUGCUGCGCGGGGUCCUGCGCCCGCUCUGCGCCUUCCCGGGCAGUCCCGGCCCUCCUGCAGGUGUUCCCUUCAGAGCCGUGAGCCAUGGCGCCGGCCUGCUCUACCCCGAACACAUCCCCACCUCCCUGCUGCAGAAGGUGCUGCUGGCCGCCGGCUCUGCCGGGAUGGCGCUCUACGAUCCCUAUCGCCACGACAUGGUUGCAGUUCUGGGAGAGACCACAGGACGCCGUACCCUGAAGGUCCUCAGGGACCAGAUGAAGAGAGAUCCAGAGGGUGCCCAGAUCCUGCAGGAGCGUCCCCGGAUCUCACUGUCCACUCUCGACAUGGGCAAGCUCCGGAGUCUGCCCGAGGGCUCCUUUGGUUGCGCGUAUCUCCAUUUCCUGGAUGUGAAUGUGGCCUCAGGACAUGGCAUGACAGUCUGUACAGAGGACUUCAUACGGUGCUGGAACACAAGGGUCUCCCCAGACACCCGCGCACCCACCCGCUUCGUGGACGAUGAAGAGCUGGCAUACGUGAUCCAGCGGUACCGGGAGAUCCAUGACAUGCUCCACACCCUGCUGGGCAUGCCCACCAACAUCCUGGGGGAGAUCGUGGUGAAAUGGUUUGAGGCUGUCCAGACCGGCCUGCCCAUGUGCGUCCUGAGUGCACUCUUUGGACCGAUCCGACUCAACGCCCAGAGCCUGCAAUUGCUGAUCUCGGAGCUGAUCCCAUGGGCAGUUGAGAAUGGCCGCAGAGCCCCGUGUGUCCUCAAUGUGUACUACGAGCGGCGCUGGGAACAGCCCCUGCAGGCUCUGCGGCAGGAGCUGGGCAUCACGGAGCCACCCCUGCGUGUGGAGGGCCUGGUGUAGACCCCGAGCGCCUGAGGCCCCGCCCCACCCCCCGCUUCCCCCGGGGGUGGAGCACAUCUGUGCCAGCACCCAGGUUCCUCUGUGAACUCUGACCCUUGGACGUCACUCAUCAUAAUUUAUCAGAGGGAGCAGCCAGUGGAGCUCCUGGGGGAGCCAGAAGUGAACCCCGAGUGCUCAGGGAUUGCUCAAGUCCACAACCCAUGUGCCCGACCCCUCCCUGCCUGCCAGCGUUCUCUGGGUGCCAGCCUGGGGGAGUCUUCACAGGGAGAAGGGCUGCCCUUGAUUCCCAAGGCCUGAGGAAGAGGGAGGCAGAGGGGGAGGCGGGUCUCUGCUGUCUGAAUAAAGUCUCCCAUCAGGUCCCGA